CUCGCAGGUGCUCGAGAUUUAGUUGCCAAAGUGUUUAUGUCAACUAAAUUUCAAGACUUUGCAUACGAAAGGCAGAAAUGAAACAAUUUUAUCAAUAAUCACCUAUUGCUGUCUACACAUUAUCUCCUUGCUGAAGUCUUAAAACAGCUGGAGCUAGCGAGAUGGAAGAAAUAAACAGUGACAUGCCCUUGUUGGAGGGAGAUGAGUUUUUCCGUAACCUGGAUAUGAUGGAGCAGGAUUUCCUCAUUGAGGGGGACAUUCAGGACUUUGACGGUGAUGAUGAAGAGGGAGAGCUACAGUCAGAAGAAGAUGAGGAAACAAUAAUUGAGUCACCAGACUACCCUGAGACCCCAGAUGAAAAGCUGUCAAAACAGGAGCAACUGCGGAUGAUGCAUCUCCGCAGCCACCUUAACCAGCUCAUGGAAAAGGUUAAACACCACCAUUACAUGACUGCCAAAACAAGUGAUGAGCUGAAGCAGAAUAGGAACAAGAUCUCUGAGUUAGAGGCAGAGAAAGGGAGGGUGAGAGAAGAGCUUCAGACCAGGAACACUGAAGGAAACCAGUCAGCAGUGUACCGUCUCCGCUCCCAACAUGACAAACUCUGCCAGGAGAUACAGGAUGAAAAAGAGGUGGAGAAACUCAUAUGUGAACGACUUGAUAAGGAGGAGUACGAGUUGAACAAGGUGGAGGUGGAGCGAGGCAAGUUUCUUCUGGCAGAAGAUGAGCUGGUCAAGAAAGAGGACCGCCUGGCGAAGGAGAAGACAGACCUGGCUAUACGUAGACUGCGGAAGGAAGAACGUAAGGCUGCCCAGGCUGAACGCAACCUGCGCAACCAACAGAGGUUCCAGUAUGAGACUAUGAAUCAGAAGCAGCAGUUACAGAGAACCCUGGCAGAACAGGCCAUGCAGAGUCAGGAGAAACACAGCAAGUUUGUCUCAGAAACCAUGGUCAAGCUGAAGAAGCGUCAAGAGGAUGAAAACCAGCGGUACAAGGAGGAGAUGAAACGCAAGAUGGACAUGUUGCUUAAACUGAAGUCAGACAUACAGUCAAAUAGGGAAAACUUGAAGGCAUUACGUGCUCGUGACAAAGCAGCAGAAAAACGUGAAGAAGAAAAAUUGGAGCAGGUUAAACAGAAAAUUCUUGAUGAGGGAGGCAAUCCUGACCAGAUACUCCUGGUGCAGAAACGAAUAUCUGAUAUGCAACGGCAGAAAAGCACCUUUGAGCUGGAGCAGAAGGAGCGCCAGGCUGCAAUCAUGGACAAGAUCCUUGCGGAGGAAGAACAGAUGAGGCGUCGCAAGAAACAACAGCCCCUGCUCUGGUCAGAUCCCAAACGGGAACAGACUAAGAUUCUAGGGCCCCCAAAGAAGAAGCCCCUGAAGACAUUUCAAGAGUACACAAAGCUGAGUUCCGAGGAUACAGAUUUCAACCUAGACCUCCAAGAUUCUCUAGAUGAUCAGGGAGAGAAGUAUGACAUGGAGAAGUUUGCACCAGAAAACACAGGAGAGAUAACUAUACCUGAGCAGGGGCGAGAUGAGGCGAGUUCGGACUCCAGUGACGAGGAGGAUCAAGAUGAGACAGCUGUUGACCUUGCAAAGCCUGAGUUUGAGGGGCUAUGGGACCACCACAAGCCUUACACUGUGCCCAAAGAUAUUGACUCCUCUCCACUUAAAACACUGGGUGCUUCCAAGAUGGACAAGGCGAUUAUGUCUGAAGUGUUGGAAAAACACCGGGCAGGGAUAGUGGUGAAGCAGGUAGCUGCAGGGAGGGAGUUUAAGGGCUGUCCAUUCUACAGCAAGCCGGAUGUCAUACACUUCAAGGACUUUGAUGUAGGAAGAUCGUACAAGAAGAAGGUGACACUGACCAAUGUGUCCUACACUGUGAACUAUUGCAAGUAUAUAGACAUCACAGAGAGGCUCAAAGACUUCAUACAUAUACACUUUGACCCUCCUGGACAAAUGUCUGCAGGUCUCACAUGUGAAGUUGUUGUCACAUUUACCCCCAUGAUAAACGAGGACCUGGAGGGGGAGGUGAAGUUCCUGUCACAGACUGGCCCAUUCUCCAUCCCGCUCAAAUGUACCACCAAGAAAUGUGACCUGUCGGUGGACACUGAUGUGAUACAGUUCGGUACAACUGUUAUAGAUGAAACGUUGAAGAGGACCUUCAUGCUCUCCAACAAGGGAGCCUUAGGGACAACUUUUCAAUUCUUCAAAGUAACAGGUGUGAAGGCCAAGACAGCUACAAGCGCUCUGACAUCCCUGGGCAGAAUAACAGUUAAUGAGACAGGCAGCCAUCCACCUUCCCCUGCCCAGGAGACUGAACCAGACAAGUCUAGAAAGGAGACAACAGAAGCAGCUACCACAGAGAAAACGGCCACAGACAAGUCAACAUCAGACAAGGAUAAAACCAGUGAAGAAGAUGGUGUAUCCAAGGAGCCCACAGAGGGUCAAGGUGAAGGUCAGACUGAGGGAGAUCAAGAGGAAGGUCAAGGCCAAGAAGAUGAAGAUCUCCCUGAGGAUGCCUCCCCAGACCUUGCAGUCAGUGAAUAUGAUGACUAUGGGGCAAUAGAUGGAAUGAAAGUGGGGCCAAUUGCUACUGGUGAGAUCCCUGCCUUCUCCUCUGUGAAACUGGAGAUCAUCUGGAACCCUUCACUGUCCGGGAAGGUGGAUUCAGAGUUCCUGGUCAGAUUUAGCGAUCCACUCUCAGAUAGUAUAUCGAUCCGAGCCCUUGGUUCAGCCAUUGAUGUGCCAGUGUGGGUAGAGAGACAGUCUGUAGACUUGAAGAUCUGUAUGUUAGAUAGACUCUACCAGGAUACCAUCAUAGUCAACAACAGGGCCACCACAGCAUUGAGACUGAAGUUUGAAGUAUGUAAGGAGCUAAGAAAUCACCUUGAGCUUCUCCCCAAGACUGGAUACAUCCAAGCACAGUCACAGUUCUCUGCACAACUCAAGUUCCUACCCAGAGCAAGUCUGUUUGAGGAGGGAGGGAAGUAUUUUGACAAGGACACUGGAGUGCUGGAGGCCCCAAUGACCAUAAGAGUGGCUGACCAGACUGCCCCAGUGCCAUUCACAUUAACUGCAGUGGUUACCAACUCGGAAAUGGCAUUUGAUGUCUCUGAGAUCGACUUUGGCUGCUGUACAAUCUACGAGUCCAACAAGACAACCAUCAAACUCACCAACAUGUCUAUCCUGCCACAGGAGUUUGGCUUUGUUGGACAUCCUGAUUAUGUGGAGGUCCAGCCCAAUGAUGGGUUUGGUACGCUGCUACCACUUGAAACUAUAGAGCUAGAUGUCAUCUUUAGUCCCAAGAAGGCCAGAGACUAUAAAUUUGAACUCAACUGUAAAUCACUCAUCAACAGGGAGUUCAAGAUCCAGUGUAAGGGAGUGGGUGUCCACCCACCGCUAGAACUGACCAAUCAGGUGGUUCACUUGAAGGCCACAUCACUGUACGAUGUUUCCACAGCAUCCCUACAUGUGGUCAACUCUCAUACCAGCAUGAACGAGUUUACACAUCCUGUACCAAGGAUCGGCAAAGGAGAGAUAGCCCCUGUAGGCCCCACAUCAUUUGAGUUCAAGGUUCCUGAGGGUGUUCCCAUCACAAUGUCUCCCUCUGUGGGCACCAUACAGCCAGGGGAGAGAUGUCGUGUGGAGGUGAGGUUUGCCCCUACUCUGGAUGAGGAGGAGGUCCGUCGAGAGGCUGUACGGAUGGCCACCAAGCAGAUGGAGGCCCAGGCAGAAACGGAAUACAAGGAGGCCCUGAAGAGGCAACAGGAGGCGGAGGAGGCACAGAAACCUAAGGAAAAUGGGAAUGGUGAAGAUGUAAGUUUGGGAGAUGAUAAGACUGCUCAGGAGAAGGGGGGUAAAAAAGGGGCUGCCCCGGCUAAAGGGGCCCCUCCGAAGGGAAAACAGACCCCCGGCAACACCGUGGUAACAGUGACAGGCCCCACCCCUGUGACUCCUCCAAAACAGGAUGAAAUCACCAAGGACUCUACAGCAUAUGCUUUAGCUGUUGGUUCGUUGUUGCGUCAGUUCAGAGGCAAAUUCCAGUCUGUGACCGUGCCGUGUUUUGUGGCAUCAGGGGAGACAACAAAUCCUGGGGAAUUGCCUUACAGUAUACACAACACCCUGUAUGUGGAGGUCCACUGCCCUAUGGUGAAGCCUGCCUUGGUGGUUAUAUCAGACAGUGGAAAAGCAACCACGGAUUUUGGGGAUGUGUCUCUCGGACAGAAUAUACUCAAGUCUGUCACGAUACAGAACAUCUCCAACAAAACUGUAGAGCUGUCCUCGACUUCGCUGGAUACAACUGGGCCAUUUGAUGUGGUUAAUGCCUUCAGAAUGUUGCCCCCUGAUGCUACACAUACAAUGUUACUGUCAUUUACUCCUACUGCUGGAAGAGUGUUCCAGGAGGUGCUACAUAUACAGUGUGAAAGUGGUGACCUUCACCUGACCUUAGUGGGUAAAGGGGUCAGUCCACUGGUCAGCCUGUCUCCAGCAAUCGCGGAUAAUGGAGUUAUGGAUGUUGGUGCUGUGUUAGCUGGGGAAUAUCUCGAGAAAACAUUCAAGAUGCAGAACACCUCCUCUCUCUCCAUCCAAUACUCCAUCAAGCUUGAGAGUUUGUCCUUGCUUCGGCACGCCCAUGCUCAGGAGUUACCCCCCUUUGUGGCUGGAAAACGGGGCACACUUGUGGGCACACAAAACAACAAUGGGCAAAAUGUGUUUGAUUUGGUUCCUGCAGAGGGGCAUAUUGCUCCAGGCGGUAGUGUGGAGAUUACAUUGACUUUUGCCCCUGACCAUACCAGUGACCUGUACUCAGAUGGAGUGAAAAUAGAACUCUUUGGAAAGGAGGAGUGCCAGUCAUUCCAGAUAAAGGGAACAGCCAAGACCAAGAUCAUGUUUAUAGAUGGAGGGGACCCGCUACAUCCAGAAUUAGAGUCUCUUGCUGUACAAUCACAGCCGCCUCUAGAUGAAGAUGAUCUGAGAUUGCAAAUGCAGCCAGUGCUGGUAACAUUACAAAGUACAGCCCUAGAAGAUAGUUAUGAACCUGCCACACGUGAAAUCUACAUUGGUUGUGUACGAACAAUGGCCGUCAGCCAAAAAAAGGACCCUCCAAAGCCGGGAUAUAAGGACAAAGCAAUAAGGAAUGGAGAGUUUACCUUUGAGAAUGUCCAGGCUUUGACUCAGAAAGGAUUCAACAUCGAUCCACAAAAGGGUAUGGUAGAGGCUGGUGUGCUGAAGCCAGUCACCAUAACAUGGACACCACCACCAGGUUUCAAUCCAAAUGAGGUCUGUGAAGCUGUCGUUGUGGCAACCUUAAAAGGGGACGUAGCCGAGCAGUUACGAAUACUGCUAAGGGCCAUGGUUGUCUCAAAGUGAUCCUGCCACCAGGAGGGAUUGUCUCAACAUCUUUUGAAGGAGUUGUCUCAGAACUGUCCAACAUUUUAGUGACACUGUGAUAUCAAAAUUCCAUCAAAAAUGAAACUGUGAUAUAAACAUUCUGGAAUACUAUGUUCUGAUUUUAAGCAUGGUUUCGCUUUUUGAUAUUCAUCUGUUAACUUUGUGAUCUGUCUAAACAAAAAUGAUUAAUCUAUCUGUGAUAAAAGUAUUGCAAAUGUUUAUGGAUAUCAUUCAUAUAGUUUCAAAUGUUUUAGCUUAUUUAUUUAUAAAACUGCCUUUGUUAAAAAAUUAUGGAGCAAUAAACUCUCAAAACAACAGUA